AUUAGGUGGUGCAACAAUGCUGCCUGUUUUCAUGUUAGGUAAAGAGUUUCUGGAGGUGCACCUAAUCUGGUUUUAUCCUGAUUAUUUGUCUGAGUCCAGCUGCACAGACGGAGCUGCAGUAACUCAGAUUUCCAUCCACUGUUUAUUUGAAAGGAGGAACAAAAGGCUUCUUGGACCCGAAUGGCUUCUGUCAGGAUAAACAAGGGUUUAUCCUCCUUUGUGAAGAUUUUUAAGUCUUGACCAAACUUACGGACGAUGAUGGGUCGUAAGCUGGAUCUGACUGGUCUGUCGGACAACGAGGCCACUCAUGUGCUGCAGGUGGUUCAGAGAGACAUGAGGCUCCGCAAGAAGGAGGAAGAGAGACUCAGUGAACUGAAGCAGGAGCUGGAUGAGGAGGGCAGUCGUUGUCUCCUCCUGUCGCGGCAGAGUUGCUUCAACCAGCGUUGCUGCAUCCGCUGCUGCUCGCCCUUCACCUUCCUGCUCAACCCGAAGGGUCGGUGCAGAGACUGCAGCUACAACGUGUGCAAGGCCUGCCGGGUCUACAACCAGCGGGACAAAGCCUGGCUCUGCUCCGCCUGCCAAAAGUGCAGGUUGCUGAAGACUCAGUCACUCGAGUGGUUUUAUACGAACGUGAAGAAACGCUUUAAGAGGUUCGGCAGUGCCAAAGUGCUGAAGACUCUCUACAGGAAACACCUGGCAGAGCACAGUGCUCUUUCAGAGCUCACAGAGGGCAGCGCCUGCGACGAGAGCAUCUGCAAUGAGGACAGCGUCAGUGGGAGCGACUCAACCUUCUACAGGCAAACUGAAGAGCACAGCCUGGAGGAGACGCUCACUGUGGCCAUGCGGGUUGCAGAGGAGGCCAUAGAUGAAGCCAUUUCUAGGGCUGAGUUUGACACCUCUACUCAGAAGAAGCAGAAUGAAGCUCAUUAUCUGCAGGAGCACAAAGGAGAGCUCAUCGAGGAGCUGGCCAGAACUAUUGUGCAAAAAAUCACCAGCAGGAGGAACUCUUCGGCUGAGAUGAGGGCAGAAUACGACCACAAAUGGCCCUCAGAGCAGAACACCAGCCUUCAUCCUCAUCAGUCAAAUUGUGAUCAAGUCUCCGGCUCCCUGAAGGCAAAUCUCUGGAGGUCCCAUUCAGCCUUCACACUGGACGACUGCUCUUGUACUCCGGAGCAAAACUGUCUGACAGCCUUAAAGAACGAAGCCAGCGGGUUGGCUAUGACGGCGUGGAAGAGUGUGGAUCGACUCGACAACUCUGUUCUGAAGAGUCCAGAUGGGAACUGGAUCGCCCUGCAGAGUGCCCAGCUGUCUCGCCCCAGCCUCCUCACCAAACGCAAGAGCCUGGUUUACAGUGCCUUGGAGAGGGAGUCCGGCGUGGUGUCAGCCUACGAAGGUCUGGGCUCUGACAACGAAACCAAACCAGAGGCUGAUAGUGCCUGGGGAGCUGUCCUCCAGGAGAUCCACAGGAAAAUGACAGACUCUAAGUUCACCUCACACGGGCACAACGUCACACCUCUGGUGGACCCCCACGUCUGCAGCGAUGAUCCAUUUUCAGACUCUGAGGGGCACUGGAAACCUAUUAAACAUCUGCUGGUUCAUCUAAAGAAGAAAGUUCCUGCGGAGAUCAGGAAGCCUUUGUCGUCUCGUAGGACCAGCAUCAUCGAUGUGAACUUUAACCUCAAAGGAGGAGGGGAAAGGGAAGGGGUGAAGAUGGCUGCUCAGCCAGAAACGAGAAAAAUCAGGAAAUCACGGAAGAAGAGGAGUAAAAAAAAGCCCUCUUCUGUACUGGAUUUAAACAGAGAAAGUGAUCCUCUACAUCCAUCUGAUGCUGUGACUCCUACCACUCCCACCUCCGAAGCAUCGACUCCUGAACCUUUUGACCUCGAUGGUGACGUAACAGGAAAGGACUUUUCUUUGAAUGUGCAUCAAUCUGAAGGCAGAGUUUCUGACUUUGACAUGAGAGAAGGACCAGAAAAAGACAGAAGUGAUGGAGAAACGGGGGUGAUGACGAGACAGAGGGACAUGGACUUGGGUGGACUGACACCAGAGGAGGAAGAGAAAGAAAAAGAUGAAGAGGUGAGAUGCAGUUUGUACAGACUUGUUUCACAGUCCAACCUCACCUACUUCUCUUCUACUAAAGAUGAUUUAGACAGAGUGGGACAAAGCGAAGGGGAGGGAGACACGGAGGAGGAGCAGAAGAGUCUUUCUAAUAGACUUUUUCAGUUGGAAAAACGAGUCCAAGCAAUGCAGUUCUCGUCCACUGAGGACGAGCUGGACAGAAUGGGUGUUGAAGAGGACGAGAACGAGGAAGAUCUGGCCGUGAAAUUGUGCCGACUAGCUAAUGAAGUUAAUGCCUCCCAGUUUUCUUCUACUGAGGAUGAGUUGGACAGAGUGGGAAGAGGAGAGGACGAAGAGGAGGUGACUGACGAGGAGACGUUGUGGAAGCUGCAGCCAGACAGAAGUCAGCUGAGGGAUUUGGUCAGUUUGGUCAGAGCCUCGCAGUUUUCCUCCACUGAGGAUGAGCUGGACAGAGUUGGAGAGAAGGAAGGAGAAAUGGAGCAGAAAGUAAAACAGGAAAUCGGGAGUGAGAUGAAGGAGCUGUGGGAGGGAGCAGAAUCCAUGGGAGACAUCGACAUGAAAAUGUUUGAUUUGACAGAUGAAACAGAGGAAAUGAGAGAACAGAAAAGUGAUGAAAAUACAAGAGAAGAUGUUUUUGAUAGCUGGAAGGAGACUGAGGAUGUUUGGGAUGAUGAAAGAGAUGUAAAGAAAGGUAGAAAUCUCCUGGAUGAAAGAGUAAAGGGGAAUACAUCGGCUGGAAAAGAGCAACUAUGUGUCAAAGAUCUGGAAGUCUUCAAACCUGAGAAAGUACUGGAGCCAAAAGAAAGACAAGAGGCACACUUUAAAACAAGAGAGGACGCCGAGAGGACAGAACACGAGAUAAAACCUGAACCAGAGACUGAGCCAGCAGCAAAAAUGAAUGAUGAAAUGGAAGAGUUCAUAAAAGAAGGCAACGAGAGAGAGAGGAAAUGGAAAUUGGCAGCAAGAAGUGAUGAAGAAGACUUAGAAUUUGACAGAAUAAUCAGCAGCAUGUUGAUGAUGACUCUGGAGGACAUGCAGGUGGAAACGAUGAAGGACACAGAUGGAAAAAGUGAGCGAAGACUAGAGGAGGUAGAGAAUAGCAGAGAGCAGGAGAGAAAAUCAGUGGAACAAAGAAAAGAUGCUUCAGAGGAAACAGAACAAGUUUCAGACGAAAGGACAGAAAAAAUCAUCUCUAAUCAACGGACUAGAGGUGUUAGAGGGGGAAACAUGGAGGAUGGAGGACAGACAUGUUUAACUAGAGAGAAAAUCAAAGACUCAGAUCAGACAAGUCCAGAGUCUGAUUUGGAGGAGACAAGAGUGGAGGGAGACAUGAUGGAGACGAAUGCAGCAAACGAAAACAUUAAAGAGGUGGAGCAGAGCAGCUCUCCUCCUCACGGAGGGUUUCUGUCACCGGAGGAGUUUCAGAGCGAUAGCAACAUGGAGCUUUAUCAAACUAUACAGUUAAUAUCAUCCCUUCUGGAGCAGAAAUAUUCUGCAGCGUCUCUGCGCAGCAUCACCACCGAGGUGUUGAAGGUUCUGAACACCACUGAAGAGCUGCUGCAGGGAGUGGAUGCUCAAAACCACACCUGGCAUCCUUCUGUCUCGCUGCCACCAAACAUGGACCCCAAAACACUGGACCAGCAGUUCUCCAGACUGGAGGAAAAUGUGUACGUUGCAGCCGGUCCAGUGUACGGUCUGGAGGCAGAGCUCAGUGAUCUGGAGGAGUGCGCCAGAGGAAUCUGCAGCUCCACAUCCGACAUGGAGCUGACUUUCCUGGAGGAGCAGGUGGCAGCAACUGCUGCUCGAGUUCAGCAGUCAGAGCUACAGAUAGGCAACAUCUCUGCAAGAAUCGCUGCUCUGAAGAGCGCCGGCCUCAACGUGGACCCUCAGUUACGCGUCACUAAAGCCAGGACCUCGUCAGUUACGCCUGUGACUCUGGACUCCUCGAGACACAUGAGAAGAAGAUUGCCUGCCCCGCCGGUGAAAGAAGACAAAGACGCCUAAACCACGGACCUGAUGCAGAACUUCCACCCAGCCGUGCCUUCACUAGUCAGACUCGGUUUGCCUUUAUUAAAACUAAACAAACGUCUAAAGGACAGACAUUACUCUGCUCAGCAGAAAUAAACUCUUGUUAAAAAGUUCACAUAAUGAUUUGGUAGAGAUUAGAAAACAAGUUCAAAUUUUACAGCAAAAAAAAAGGUUUUAUUCUGAAUACUUUUUAGAUUUAUUUUAAACUUGUGUACGGCAACUGAAAAUAUACACAUUUGACAGUAAUAGGAGCAGCUACUGCAAGCACUAUGGAAGAUAGAUCAGUUACACCAAUGUAAGAAUUUCUGUAGGAUAGAAUUAAAAUAUAAAACAUUUGUA